AUGACAACAACAACAAAUGAUAAUGGUAAUAAAGAUUCGACAAAUGUUAUACUGUUUGAUCGUGAUUGGAAAUAUAUUCAUUUUACAAACUCAUCAUCAAAAGAAUUUUUUUCAAUGAAUUAUGAUGAUCAUCAAUGGAAAACAAUUAAUCUACCACAUUAUCAAGUUAUAUAUGAUUCAUUGAUAUAUUGGUAUCGUAAAAAAUUUGAAUGGAAACAUAAACCAGAUUAUCAACAACAUAUUUAUUUAAAUUUUUACUCAAAUGAAGAUGAAGAUCAUCAACAAAUACCUUCAAUAAUAAUAUGGCUAAAUGAAACACUGAUCUAUUCGGGUAGUCUUCCAAAAUCAAUUCAAUUAACAAAAUAUUUACGAAUUAAUUCAGAUAAUAUUCUUGCUAUUUGUUCAGCAGAAGGUUAUACACUUUCAUUACAUACACGAAUACUUAUACCUCGUGUUUGUUUUGGUAGUAUAAAAUAUGAUGAUUUUAAUGAAAAUAGAUCAAGAAAACGACUUCAAAAACUUGAUUAUACAGCUAGUUUUGAUGACUCAGAUGGACUUAUUGAUGUUUGUAUUGAUUCAUUUGAUAAGAUGAAAAAAGCAGUUCAACAUGAAAAAGUUGAUAUAGAUGAAGAUUACGAAUGGGUGAAUGUAGUUGGUACUGAACAACCUGAAACUGAAACAAUAGUAGAAACUGGUCCAAUACCUCGUCUUGCUAUUUUAAUGCUUAUUGUUGGUACACGUGGUGAUGUUCAACCAUUUAUUGCUCUUGCUAAAGCACUUCUUGCAUAUGGUCAUCGAGUUCGUCUUGCAACACAUGAAAUAUUUCGAAAAUUUGUUCGUGAAAAUGGCAUUGAAUUUUAUCCAUUAGCAGGUGAUCCAGCUGAUCUUAUGUCAUUUAUGGUUAAAAAUGCUGGUAUUGUACCAUCAGUUAGUAGUAUUGUAGCUGGUGAUAUUGCUAAAAGUCGUCGUGUUAUGGCCGAAAUUCUUGCAUCAACAUGGAAAGCAUGUAUAUUAGAUGAUGAUGAAACAAAUGUACCAUUUGUUGCUGAAGCUAUUAUUGCAAAUCCACCAUCAUAUGGUCAUAUUCAUUGUGCACAAAAAUUACAAAUACCUUUACAUAUGAUAUUUACAAUGCCAUGGUCACCGACAAGUGCUUUUCCACAUCCAUUUGUUAAAGUUGAUCAUGAUCUUGGAUCGACGGAAAAAAGAAACCUGUUAUCAUAUAGUGUCGUUGAAAUGUUGACAUGGUCUGGUAUGCAUGAUCUUAUUAAUGAAUUUCGUAAGGAAAGUCUUGGUUUAUCUCCGUUACAUACUCGUCAAGCUGUUCGUUUAAUGAUAGACGAGCAUGUACCACAUACGUAUUGCUGGUCACCUUCACUUGUUCCUAAACCAGCUGAUUGGCCUUCACAUAUUGAUAUUUCUGGAUUUUUCUUUCUUGAUCUUGCAACAAAUUAUAAACCACCGGAAGAUCUUGUUCGAUUUCUUGAAUCAGGUAAUCAACCAAUUUAUAUUGGUUUUGGUUCAAUUACUGGUCAUGAUCCUCAAAGAAUACUGCAAAUCGUAUUAAAAGCUUUACAAGCUACUGGAUAUCGAGCUAUAUUAUCUGGAUUAGCUACAGACACCGAUAAACUACCUCAUAAUGUAUAUCGAAUUGGUAAUUGUCCACAUGAUUGGCUUUUCAAACAUGUGGCAGCUGUAUGUCAUCAUGGUGGUGCAGGAACAACUGCAGCUGGUCUUCGUGCUGGAAAACCUACUAUUAUAGUACCAUUUUUUGGUGAUCAAUUCUUUUGGGGAUCAAUGAUUAGUAAAAGUGGUGCUGGUCCAACACCAGUUCCUGGUAAACAUUUAAAUAUUAAUGAUUUAGCUGAAGCAUUUCGAAUUGCACAUGAACCAGAUAAACGUGAAGCUGCUCAUAAAUUAAGUGUUGCAUUUCAACAUGAAAAUGGUUGUGAAGCUGCUGUUCGAUCAUUUCAUGCAAAUUUACCAUUAAGUAAAAUGCGUAGUGAUCUUGAACCAUCACAUUGUGCAUAUUUUCGAUUAAAUGAUUAUAAUUUACAAAUUUCAAUUCCAGUUGCUCAAGUACUUAUUGCUGCUGGAGCUAUUGAAGAAGAUCAAUUAAAAUCAUAUUUUACUCGUGAUUGGAGUGCAUCAAUGUAUGAUGAUCGUCGACAUAUACCAAUACAUGGUUUCAUAAAGCAUGGACGUAAAGCUUUUCAUAGUUUAUUUAUUGAUACGCCAAAAGGUUUAAGAAAAGCAGUAGGUUCAAAAAGUUUAACAACAGGUACACUUGAUGGUACAGAAUGUAUUAUUAAAGGUGUUGGAAAAAGUCUUGGACAUGUAUAUGUCGGUUGUUUAUCAUUUUAUGGUGAAAUAACCGAUGCACUUGAAGGUUUACCUGAAUUAUAUGAUCCAUAUUCGGAUUCUGACAAACGUGAAAGACCACGUAUAGAAGACUUUAAUUCCGGUGCAAAAGCUGCUGAACUUUCUAUAUGGCAUGGAUUUAAAGAUGGUGUUACUGGACUUGUAACGAAACCUCAAACAGGUUAUAAAAGACAUGGUUUUUUAGGUGGAGCAGCAGGUGCAGCUGCUGCCAUACCAAAUAUUUUUAUUAAACCUGCUGUUGGUACACUUGCUUCAUUAACUUGGUUAGGUCGAGGUGUUUAUGCUGAAACUAAAAAUUUAUCACGGCGUAAAGAUGAUAAUUCAAAUAAUCACUUAACAGUAUUACAUUCACCUCGAUAUAAACGAUCAUCAUCUGAAUCAAGGAUUAUGGAUGAAGAUACGUCACCUGAAAAUCGAGCAUUAUUGGAAUCAGGUUUGAGCAUUGAUAUAUGUAAAAAAAUAUUAAAUGAAUUUGAACAAAUUAAAAAUCAGUAUAAUUCGAAAAACUCCUCUUCGACAAAUAAUAAUGAAAAUUCAAAACGAACAAAAAAGACAAAAUCAAAGAAAACUCUCCAGCGUGAACGUAGUCAUUCAGCUUCACCUUAUUAA